CUGUUGCGCGUCUGCUCGCGCCACCCCCGGCGGCAGGCGGACGCCGUCCUGCCCGCCCUCUCCCGCCUGCUGGACCUCCAAGCGCGCCUCACUGCCGCGCGCGCCCCCCUCGGGGGAGCCCUGCGCGCAGAAGGGGAAACUCAGGGGACUGAGAGAGCCGAGGGAACUGAGUGCGCGGAAGAGAGUGGAGGAGGGGGAGGGGGGAGGGGUGAGGCAGGUAGGGAAGGAGGCGGAGGUGCAGCAGCAGGGGAAACGUCACUAGCGGCAGCAGCAGCAGCGCCGCUCGCAGCACCGCUCACAGCACCGCUAGCAGCAGCAGCAGCAGCAGCAGCAGCAGCGCCACCACCAGAGUUGUUGCCGUGGCAGCAGCUGGAGGAGCAACUUUCUAUGGACGAACCAGAUAAAAGCCUAGCAACCCGAGAACCCGGGGAGGAGGAGGGGCGGGAGCAGGUGCAGGUGGGAGCGGGGCAGGUUUCGGGGCAGGCGCAGGAGGAAACCGUCGAGGGGGGUCGUUUUCGGUUAAGGGGAAUCUGUUUUCCAAAGGGUUGGGGGGGGGAGGAGGUGAGUGGAGGGAAGUUUACCCCGUCAGGAGCUCGCCCUCCCCCCUCGCCUUCCUCCCCUGCUAACAAGCAGCAUGGGAGAGCGGCGAGCCAGUUUCUGUUUGACGAUCCGAUGCUGAUUGAGUACAACGCGUCGCUGUCCGCCCGAGCCUCCUCGCCGCUAGGCUCGGGCCGAGCCUCGGGGGCAGGUUCGGAAGGUGGGGCAGCGGGCGGUGGGGGAGGGGUUGGAGUGAGUGGUGGACCUGGUCCGUCGCUGUUGUCUCCCAUGGGUGGUGGGACAGGUUCGUCUCUGUUGUCUCCUGUGGGGUGUUCUACCCCUCAAUCCACGCUCUCUGAUGCUGUGCUGACGGCUACUGCUAGCAGCAGCACGAACACGAGUAGCAGCAGCAUUGCUGCCGUGAGUGGGCCGUUGGAGAGCUUGUUUAUUGGGUCGGAUGUGACAGGAGCGGCGGGCGCAGCAGGCGCUGCUGCUGCUGGCACUGGUGGUGGGGGUGGGAUUAGUGAGAGCAGGAGUGUUGAUGGGGUUAGCAGCAUUGGCGUGAUUGAAGGAGGAGGGGGUGUGAUGAAAUCCCGAUCCGCCACCCAGCCAACGCUGCAGAAUUCCUCGUCCUUCCCUGUUCAAGAGAACAAAUUCGGGAUUAUAUCGUCUAAUUCCUUAUCUCUGCAUCGCUCUGCUGCUGCUAGUGCUGUUGGGGAUGGAGACUCCACCGCUCCGCCCCCUAGAAUCACCAUUCCCCCAGUUUAUUCCGAUGGGUCUGGCAAGGCGCGCCAAGCAACAGUGGAGAGUGCAAGCAUGAAGGAGUACACAGCAGAGGAGACGCAGGCCAUGGCCAAGGCGCGCCAAGCAACGGAGGCGAGUGCGGUAGAGAGUGUGAGCAUGAAAGAAUAUACCGCAGAGGAGACACAGGCCAUGGCGUGGACGGAACUGGAGCCGCUGAUCAAGCUGUGGAUCAGAGAUACCAGCAUCCUGUGCGCUGCACCAGGAAGGGGAGGGAGGGGGCCGGGGAUGGGGGGGAGAAAGGGGGUUGGGAGGGGCUCACAGUGGGGCCAUGUGUUUCUCGAAAGAGUGUUGAGUGAAGCUGCGAUGAAACUGCGUGUUUUCUUCUUCUCCGAGCAUCAGCUCAUCAAGGGCGUAUCUGACUCAACUCCUUUCCACUCCCAUCCCCUCCGUCACCCUCCAUCACCCUCCCUCACCCUUCCUUACCCUCCCUUGCCUCCCCUUGCCCUUUUUGCCUCCCCCCACCAGCUGCGAGUUCUCUUCUUCUCCGAGCAUCAGCUCAUCACGGGCGUUCUCGACGCCUCUCCACCCACCAGCAAUAGCAGCAGUACCCUCCCUCCCUUACUCUCCCUUGCCCCCCUUGCGUUUCAACCCUAUGCUCCUCCCCCACCAGCUGCGUCCGUUCCUGACUCUGCCUCGGACCUCCUCUUGCAUCCUGGCCCCAUGUGUGAAACACCUGACGAAACUCCUGAGCCUGUUCCUGAGGAGCUGAAGGCGAAUGACAGCACAACCCACAGCUUGCCCAACAGCACAUCCCAGAGCACACCUGAGAACACACCUGAGGGAGCACCUGAGAAUACACCUGAGAAUCCACCUGAGAAUACACCAGAGAGCAGCAGCAAGCGCAUGGAGCAGGUUGCCCGGAAACCCGGGGAGCACCUGAUGAGUCCGGACAGCGUGUUUCGGCAUCUAGUUGGGUCGGUGGGCGGCGUGAAAUCGACCCUGUGUGCACUGUGCGCGAAUGCUGCAGCCAUUGCGGCCUCUAAGAGCGCCCCUGAGAAGAUAUUCACCCUGUUGGAGGCAUACCGCACCGUGGCUGACCUCUCCCCGCAGGCCCUCCCAGUGUUCCUCGCUCUCCCCAAGAGCGACUCCGACGAUCCCUUCAAGCUCUGCAGCGCCUCUCACAUCUCAGCCCCUCCUUCCUCCUCUCCACUCCAUCCCUUCCCUUCUUGCAGCAGGCCCUUUCCGUGUUCCUCGCUCUCCCCAAGAGUGACUCCGAUCCUUUCAACCUCUGGCAGCGCCUCUCGCAGCUCUUUGCCGGAGCCAUCUUUGCCACUCUGGACGAUCUCAACCCCCUCUCUCAACCACUCCAUUUCCUCCCUUCCCCUUCCUUUUUUCCUUCGACUCCCGCUCCCGUCCUCCUCCCACGUGCACUCCUCACCUUCUCCCCCCCAGGCCCUACCAGUCUUCCUCGCCCUCCCCAAGAGCGAUUCAGACGAUCCCUUCAAGCUCUGGCAGCGCCUCUCGCAGCUCUUUGCCGGAGCCAUCUUCGCCACUCUGGACGAUCUGAACCGCAUUCUCAGGGACGUGGCAGCAUUCGUGCCGGCAAAUCAGGCGUCUGGUAGUUCACCGAUGAAGAAGAAGCUGCUCAGGCUGAUUCACUGGAAGUCCUCGGAGCAGAAAACAACCAACGAUGAAGAAGUGGAUAUUGGCGUGCAUAAAGUGACAAGCUACGUUAUUAACUUCAUCGCACAACUAAUGGAUCGGGAGAGCCGUGCCGACCACUAUGGAACCCUAGAAAUGGUCUAUAAGAGGCACGCAGCAGAUAAGAGGCUCAUAGGCCUGGCUACUAUAGGCGGGGCGAGUUUCAGGGAGAGGGGAGCGGGAGGGGGAAGCGGAGGGGGGAAGGCGGGGGGGAGCAGCGGAGGGAGCAAGACGGGGGGGAGUAAACUAGGAGCAGUGCAUAGCGGGCAGAGGGGUCACAGCAGCAGAGGCAUGCAGGGUAGCCAGGGCAGUCAAGGCAGUCAAUCAAGUCAAAGCGGCGGUCAAAGCGGAGGUCAAACGAGUCAAGGUGGGGGUCAAGCAAGUCAAGGGGGGAAUCAGCUGCAGCAUCCGAGUGCGGGCGGCAGGCGCCAGCUGGCGGCGGAGAUGGAGGGGUUGCUGGAUUCGUUGUUAUUCAACAUGGAGGCGAGAGGGCGGGCGAUACAGGACCCUGCGAUGGGGGCGCUGUUUGUGAUGAACAACGCUCACUAUGUGGCAGGCAGCAUUGUCACAACGAGGAUGAAGGACGCACUGAAGCAGCAGGACCGCAUUGCAGCGUAUGAGGCAGCCUUUGAUAAGGCAGGCCUGGCAAAGCUCAUGGCAUGCUUGGCGCCUGAGGAGGUGUCUGCAAAGCUCAGCGCGGAUGCAGUCAAAUCCAGGCUGAAGAAGUUCAACUCGGCGUUUGAGGAGGUGGCGUUGGAGCAGAACAGGUGGAUCGUGAUCAGCGACUCGCAGAGGAAGAAGACGAGGAUCCGCUUUGCACGCACGCUCAAGAACGCAUACCUGGAGUUCCUCACACCCCACAGGUGA